GUGGACUUGUUACUCGAAGAAUGCGGAGCUACGACACUGGCCCAUUUAAUUGAGCAAUGGUUUAGAAGCAACUAUUAGGCCGAGCCAAUUCUUCUUUCAUCAUCCCGGGCAGCGAUCGUACUCCUCGGGCUUCAUAUAACCAUAUGAGAUGGUGGGUGCACCAAUUAUACUUGGUAAGAAAAGGUUUGUCAGUAACCAAGCUCGUGUGGCUUCCACCUCCUAGGCUCAAGGGUCGCACAAUUGAAGACGGAGUCAGCUUCAUAGCGGAGACCAGUCAUGCUCCUUUUGCUAGCCAUCACUGUGUCAAGAUAUCUGUGGAUGAACCUAUUCGUGAGAGGAAGCCUGACAACACUCUCGAAGGGUGGAUAGCCUAUGGUGACAUUCGUGAGUUUGAACAAAUUCCUCUCCAUCGUCCACGAAGAGAGGAAGUUACAGAAGAUGCUUCCCCUCUGCCAGAGAAUAUCACCAAUCCUCAAGAUCGGCCAACCUCUUCUACCCAUCCUCAACAACAGUUGACUUCUUCUCCUGCCCCCAGGACUAUCCAUCUUAGUCCUUCGCUAAUGAUAAGAUCUCGAGCGCGUGCCCAAGCUUCUCCCCAAGAAGGGACCACUGCUACUGCUUCUCUGGUUUUGGCCACUGCAACUCCUCAAUUGGAGAACCACCAGUCUCCUCCUUCUAAAGGGAAACAAGUUAUUGUUAAAGAGUCUAGCGAAGGAGAUUCAGAUGGCGAAGGUUCAACUUCUUCGUCUGGACAUACUAUCUCGGAUGAAAACGAGACAGAAGGAGAAAAUCAAUACGAUGAUUAUGAGGAGGGGGAAGUCGAUAUUAGCGGUGAAGAUAAUAUAAUUGCGAAAGAUAUUCCUGUCGAUGAAGGACAUAUACUCCCAACCUCUGAAGCUGUUCCUAUAAAGACUUCACGCAUUGCGAGAGAAGAAGAAGACAAACCCCUAGACUAUGGGGAAUAUGGUUAUUCACCAUGCGAUCAUGUUGCGAAUACGGAGGCAGAUAACACUUCUCCCAUAGAUUUACCUCCCGUCAUACCAGCAGCUUCACCGAGAUUCUCGAUGCCUCCACGAGCAGUGGCACGUGAAAUUGCUUUUCCGGUGGAGUCAACUGAUUUACCAACUCCCACCACUAUUGAUUCAAGUACUAAAGCUAGGGCUCCAUCUUUUGCUAAGAUGGUGGAACUUGACCCUUCUCUUGUUAAAGAGACGCAACUGCUCACUGUUUCAGCACCAGCAGAAGGGAACUUACCCCAAAGUGCUAUCAUCGAGAUGUUCAAAGAUCCUGAUCAAUGGUCAGAUCUGGCUGUCACUUUAGAUGUCCUGGACAGUGCUGCAUGGAUGGCUAAAGUCAAUGUUUCUUCUGUACGCGAUGCUCUCUUAAGAUUCCAUAAUUCGAUAACUGUUCUGUCAUCAACUAAAACUGCGAUUGUCUCGCCUAAAAUUUUGGAGUACAGGAAGCAGCUUGCGUACUCUAAGGAGAAAGUUUCUCAGAUUGCUCCCAUUAUCUUUCGCCAUGAUCAAGAACAAUUAUCUUUGCGAGAGCAACUGAAGACUUUUGCUAAUAACAAGACAACUAUUCAGGAUCGUAUUACUCUUUUGAAGCAAGAAAUUGCUCAAUUGGAGAAGCAAAGUUUGGAGGAAGAUCUGAACAUUUAA